GGGACUGGAGGUACAGGCUGAAUAUGCUCACUCUUCCACAACGUUUUCUCCUUUCUCCGUGGCUGUGAGGCUGCCAUUUCCCCCCCCUCCCCCCUUUCCAGUCCUGAACAAGGGCUUUGGUGCGAAACAUCGACUGUUUAUUCAUUCCUGUAGAUGCUGCUUGACCUGACCUGCUGAGUUCCUCCUGCAUAGGGUGCUAUGUUGUUUUCCAUCCCCUGUUGCCUUUAAUUAGGACUGAGGCCAAAAAGACUCAGUGACAGUUUGUAGGUUGAAUCUUAUCCUUCCAGUAUCCAUGGCCUGGUUCCACAACACUGCAGUAUGUCUACCAACUAAGUCACUGGAAAAAGCUCAAGCUAAUUCUCCAAGGCAGUGCUGACUUUGAGGAACAGACUUUGAUUUGCGGACAUUAUUCUCAAAUGCUGUAUAAUGUACAAAUAAUAAGUGUAAAGCCAAAUGAAGCAUGUUUUGGAUACUUAGCUGUGAACUUUGAUUUCUAUCACUGAGUUUUAUAGGUCAACUUGCCUACUGCCUGUUACGCCACUGGCGUUUAGGACAGCAAUGAAGGUUCCUUCAUCUCUGGUGAGGUUCAGGACUUCCUUCAUCAUGUCAGAAGCUUCCUAUUAGUUUUCACCGCUGUCAGCCACGCGAGUCCCGGGUGGAGACUCGGGAAUACCGUCGCACUCAGAUGUAGAAGCUUCCUUCAUUGCUGUUUCCAUAACAAUUUUGUUUUACCAGUUAGGGUUGUUGGCCCUGAGCUAAACCCCUGAACCUGGAGGUCUGGUGGACCACUCUUACUCUGGCCUCUACCUUUUGACCUGUUUCCUGCCAAGAGCCAAAGCAUAAAGCCCCGACUCCAGCCAACGUAGCUCUCUGGGUCACCGAGGCACGCAAGCCUCCGAACCUUACGGCAAGGCUGGGGUCCUCUUGGAGGUUGCAGAUCAUUAUAAUUCCACAGUGCCAGAUGUUGCAAUGAAUGGCGACACUGUAGAACAAGGGUCUCUGACACAGCCACGUAGCUGGAAGGAGUUCUGCGAGCUACAUGCCUAUGCUGCUGCUAAGGAACUUGCCAGGCAGUAUUUGCUGUUUGCAAAUGAAAAUCCAAAUCACGACUUGCAAGGGGCUGAAAACUUUUCUUCAUAUUUUACUGAUCUCUUUCAGCAGUACUUCAGGAAUGAGGUAAAAGAGGGAUUUAUUAUGAACAGGUGUACUAUCAUGCCCUUCAUGGGAGUACAGGAUUACAGGGAGACAGGCAAGAAGAAUCCUGAUGGCUCCUCUGGUCUGGUUGUGCCCAAGAUGGAAGCUGAGGUGAACAGUGCAGAGGCGUCUGAAAGGGGUUCUGACACGCAGCUUCUGUUUUCAUCAAAAACUCGAAGCUCUGAAGAUAUUUCAUCUUCUGCAUGCCCCUCGCUCGAACGGCCAAAAGCAUUGACGCAGUUUACGAAAACUGUGGGGGAUAAUAUACGGGGUCUGUUCCGGAGAAAGUCCACAGAUUCUACAGUGGUUGAAAGAAAAGGGGGAGCCUCCUCGGUGGCCAACCAGUCUGAAAAGGAAUGGCUGAAAAAUCUGACUCACAAGUUCAGUCGUUCAAAAACCCUUUCGAAAGAAGAGGUUCAUGACAUCCGCAAGGAAGAUACUUUAAAUUAUAUGGUGGUGGAUGACGUCAGCAUGGAUGUGGGGGCACGAUGGCAAAAAUGUAGGCUGCUGGUGAGAAGAGCAAAGUCAAACGAAGGCCGUGGAUUCAUCUUGGAGUUGUUUGAUCCGCCAAAGUGUUCCAAACCGAAGCACAGCACUCCUUGUUCUGCAAUUACGGAAAUCAGAGCAUGCACUCAACUGGAAACUCCAGACAAACUGUAUACAUUUGUACUUAAGAUUCUGCAGACUCAGGUCAAAAGCCACUUGGAGGUGAUUUUUGAGGCCGUCAAUGAUCAGCAGUUGAACCUGUGGACAACAAAUAUCAGAGAAUGCAUGAAUCCGUGGUCAGAGAGAAGCGAGGUGGAGCUGCUCCCUACUCCUCGCACUGGCUCCGUGCAGACGGGCACUGUUGACUGUGCCCCGGAUUCAGUUCACCAGGGAGCCGCACAUCACUGCGUGUCAGAACAGCCCUACCAUAAGACGGACCAGCUCUUCUCAUCCUAUGCCUGGUUUCAUGGUCCAAUCUCUCGAUUCAAGGCAGCUCAGCUGGUACAGAUUCCUGGAACUGAGGGUCACGGGGUCUUCCUUGUGCGGCAGAGUGAAACACAGCGAGGAGAAUAUGUCCUUACAUUCAACUACCAGGGGAGAGCAAAGCACUUACGACUGCUUGUGACCGAAACUGGGAAGUGCCUCGUCCAACACUUCCGUUUCCACUCUGUCACAGAAAUGUUGAACUAUUUUGGAACAUUUGCAAUUCCCUUGGAGUGUGGUACAUCUCGAGAAGUCAAACUAUCUAGUUAUGUGGUGGCAAUUCCUUCACAGCAAGGAUCCUUUUCACCGCGCAGUGCAUUGGUGUUGCCAUUUUCUAUUCAUCGCUCAAAUUCUGAACCCAACCUUGCCCACGUGAGUCCUUCUGGCUGCAAUGUAUCAGAAACUACUCAAGCUGGACCAGAACAGGUGUUGCACACAGUGCCCCCUGCUGAGGAAUCUUUCAGUGGCCUGAGACGCAGUGGUUCAGUGGUUGUGCCAACUAGGCACCAACGAGACUCAGACUAUGACAUGGAAUCAGCUGCCAGGGGUCAUUCACGGGCCAUUGACAAUAAGUACAUGUUCCUUUGAACAGGUCUUGUAGACAUAUUUGAUAAAUCAACACUGAAAAUGGUUUCAGGUUUUCUCUGAAAACAUGAAUGUAUUUUUCUGUUUCAGGGUUGAGCAGAAGGCAAAGGUGAGAAACCUUCAGACCAAAUCCUUGUUUACUCUGAAAUGUAUUCUUUCUAUUAGGCCUGUUGAAGGGUCUGUUUACAGCAUUAAUUUUUGUAGCUUUGCUCAUUUUUUUUCUUAACAUAUGUUUAACUAUGUCCCCACUGGACACCUCAAUGAUUGUCUUGUACAAUUUGUACAUAUGUAUUAAAUAAAAAGUUUAAAGUACUUCUUUAUAUAAUGUUAUUUCCAUUAACCAUACUAAAAUGUAAAAGUUCAUGAUUUUAAAUACAAGCACUUGCAGCAUUUAAAGGCUAAUUUGCAGCAAUUUUGUUCAGUUUACACGUUCUUUCUAGUUUAAUGUCUAAUUAAGAACGCCUCACUUGUCUGUGCUUUUGGAGAAGGUUUAACUGACAGUUCAGGAUUGUAAACACUAAGGUGAUGUAAUUUCUGGAAUGUUUUGAAAACUACAGGUGGAACUGGGCAUCCCUUCCCUAUUAUGGCUACUACAAAAUUUACAAUGAGCGGUUGCAAACAUAGCUUUGGUUAUAUUUAAUGACAGGCAGAAAAUCUGUGGUUUUUUUUUGAAGGGUGAAAACAAGUAGUGUCUCUGAGGUACAGUAUAAAGAAUAGUGGAUUUAGUUUAGUCAACAUGCAACCCAGUUAAAUGGAAAAUGCAAAUACUGGGGUAGCCUUAAUGAGAAGCGAGGAAAGCAAAAGACAAGUUAAAGACCUUUCCAAAAAAAAUUAAUAAAUUUGACUUGCUUUAGCAUGACUAGGUCAGUGAAUAAUUUGUAGACAUUCUGGAUCUGAUGUACUGGGUGACAGUAAUUUUGGCUUGCAAGUUUGGGGAAUGGGGGCAAUGGAAAUGUUGAGCAGAUAAGCAUAAGAAUAUUGAGUUUUUAAAAACUGAGUUUGCUACAUUAAGUUAAUGCUUUCCAAUUGCUUUAAGUAUUGUGUUAUCCUGUAUUCUUCAAAGUGCAGAAGCAGGACAGAAAACAAUCAUGCCCUUGGCCGUAAGACUAGCAGAACUGUAAAAAUGGUUCCUGUGUGGGUGUCACAAAAGCCAAAGUAACUUAAGACAAUCUCCAUCUAACAUUAAUUGGCAUAAUUAGGAUUUGUUGUCCUUGAAGUGUGCAGAAUACAUCAGAGGGCAGAAUCCCUCUUAAGGUUCAGGUGCACCCUCUUACCUGGAACAGCAACUUGGUCCCCAAAGAUAGCUGUGCACAGUACAACAUCUUGUAGCUUGCCAUAUAAACUCCAGUGACUAUAGGGCUAACCAGCUAAACUGGCUUUGUCAUUCCAGGAAUGAAACAGUGACUUUUCUGCACAGCCUGUAAUACAAAUAUAUCCUUAAAUAUAUUUAAGGAGAAAAAACUGCAUCAGCACCCUGUAAAGGAGCAGCAAAGUUUUCUGCUUUGUUUCGAAUUGUUAAUCUGGCUGCCUCUACAAAAACUGCACUUGUUGCUGAUCAUUCUUCUGAUUUGUCUGCAGCAUAAUGAUGUGUAUCUAUUGGUCUUUUUUUUAAGAAAAAGGAUAAGCAGUUCAUAAAUUGCCACAUUUAUAAGCUAUCUCAAGCUUAAAUUAAAAACUUAUUUCUUACCCAGAACACAUUUCAAAAUAAAACCUUUUAUCCAGUAAUUUAAUGAUUAAAUUUCAAUUUGUCAAAAAUACCAUCUGUCAAGAUAUAACAGAUUGUCUGCAGAGUUGAAUUUGCAAAGAGAUAAAGACUGAAAAUUAAGGUUUCAAAAGCUCUAAAUGUUGCAAUCCAUUGAACAGCAUUGAAACCAACCUUGAAAUAAUUAAAAGCAUGUUUUAUUUAGAAUUGGCAUAAAUACAUUAGUGUUUUUUCCCCCAAAUAUUCAUGUUUCACAUUGCACAUUUGAAUCAGUAAUAAUUAUAUUUGGAGGUAAUCUAUUUGAACUGUUAUUUGGUAGAUUUUUGUUGGAAUGACGUAUGCACAUAGAAGAAAACUUUAUUCAAAUUCUGCUCCUGGAAAAAUGCAGAUACUUUGGGAAGGUGAGCCACAACAGACUUCCCACAUGGUCUAAAGGCUGAUCAUAAGACACAGGAUCAGAACAAGGCAGUUCAGACCAUUGAGCUAAUGGGCUUAGUGCUCCUCUGUCUUAGGAUCUAAACUUUCACAAAUAUCAUUCUGCGUUUUGCAGCAGCAAUGGAACUUAGGAGUCACUCUAUUGAGUUUUACUUAAUUCCUCUACAAAUUCUGGUCCAUGUCAGGCUGAUUGCUGAACAAGCUAUCCAGCAACCUGGGUGGAGCAAGAUGCACUAUAAAUAACCAGUGACCAUCAAACUUGCAUUUAAUUAGUAACAAUAACAGCAAUAAUAAUGCAAUCAAUUUUUGUGCACCAGGUAAUUUGAGCUCAUUCCUUUGUUUAAGAUUUUAUUUAAACAAUCUGGAGCAGCUAUUGGACCAGCAAUUUACAUUUCUGAACCAGUGCCAAGUUCAAAUGCCACAAAAGUACUUUGCUAUCCAAGUUCAGCUAAUUAAACAAAUUAUGGAAUUUUAAAAGUACAUCAACAAUGAUAAUCAGGAAAGUACCUGACUUGACCCUCCUCGGCUUAUACCUCACAUGGCCAACAGAGAUUCCAGUCUUUCGGUGCAAUGUGAUUCUUGACUUCCAUCUGAAAUAGUUAACUGCAGGUUCAAUUCAAGGAGAAUUCUGAAUGAACAUUAAAUGUUAGCAUUGGCAGCACUGCCCACGUCCCAAAAAUAAAAUAAUUAUUGACAAUAUUAUAUCUAUGACAAGUGUUCCAGUCAGGGGGAAAAAAGCUUUAUUUGCCUUUGAUGCUCCAAUAACAGUUGAAGAAAUUCUAAGCUCCUGUUAUGGAAUUUAUAGUAAUUCAGGAAACACUAUUUUUAUUAUAAAAUAUCUUUUGUAUGAACUGUGCCUUCAGUUUUAAAGUACUAGAUGCUCUUUCAUUUCCAAUCAUUUCACCAAUGAAGCCCGGUCUCAAUUUGAAUUUCAGUGAACUGUAGAUUUGGUUUUCUAAGCAUAGAAAUUGUGCACUGAUAUGAUACACUACAGGUAUCCGUGAUUAUUUUGAAAUUUCAAUGUAAAGAAUGCAAGCAUUAAAUGAAAUUUGGUAGUCAAAUGGUUAUUUGAAUAAAAGAAUUAUAAUUGUACAAUUUUAGUCAGUUAUUUGGUUGCCAAUGUUUUUAGCAAGGAAAAAGUGUAAUGGAAUGCAGCAAGAUUAAAAAUUAAAAUGUAUCAAUACCAAAUUUCAUUUAGUGGCUGCUGUAUACAAUUGAAAAGUGCACUUGGACUUUAUUAAAAUUAGGGGAUUACAUCAUGAAAAUGCAUGUUGAAGAUUCUAUCAGAUUGUUCGCUCUCUAGAUUAAAUUUAUACGGUGCAGUCAUUGUUUAGAAAUGCUCAUCUCAGUUACCAAGCAGUGUUAACAAAUGUUCAGAUUAUUUUACAUGAUGACUGCUAUGCUGUAUUUUUGUCAAUUAAUAAAACUGUCCAAAUCAUUGUUAUUGGCAAUUCUCUUUAGUUGAUUCUACUGGAAUCAAUUGUACAUUGUAUUUGGAGAAUAAAACCAGCUGCUGCAUUAUUAAAUCUUUGACUGCA